UGUUUUUUUUUUUUUUUUUUGAAAAAGAAAAGCUAACGAUUGAACUGACCAACCGUAUAAUCCGCCGUAAUAUCCAUCCCACGCACCAAACAGCGUGGGCCGUUGGCUGGACCCGGUCACACUGCAAUCCGUUGUCCAAUUAGAGCCAGUAGCAGAGGCCACCAAAGCAAGGAGGAGGAGGAGGAGGAGGAGGAAAUUAAGGAAAUUAAGAAGAAGGCGACGAGACGAACACCCGCCAUGUUCACCGUACGGCAGGUGACGCCUCUCUCGUCCUCCCAGCACACGAAGAUCCGCCCAGAGAAAACCCGCAUCAUCUUCUCCGGCCAGUACCCCCCAGCCCAUCUCCUCCCGCGCAGGCAUAGCCUCCGUUUCCGGCACCCCACCGCUCGCGGCGUAAUUAGCCGCCCUCGCACUCACUCCAUAUUCGUCCCCGGAGCUGCCGGACCCGCCUCCGCCCCCCUUCCCGAUGAGAGCAAUGACAGCAGCAGCAGUGGAGAAGAAGAUUCCGAAAGAAAUGCUGCAUCAGAGGCAGCGUCGACAGAGACGGAGGAGAAGGGGAAGAAGGAGAAGAAGAGGGUGAAGCUGGCGGUGGUGUUCGGGCUGUGGUACGCGCAGAACGUGGUGUUCAACAUCUACAACAAGAAGGUGCUGAACGUGUUCCCCUACCCGUGGCUCCUGGCGUCGCUGCAGCUCCUGGCGGGCUCCCUGUGGAUGCUGGGCCUCUGGUCCCUGCGCCUGCAGCCCUUCCCCCGCCUCAGCCGCCGGUUCGUGGCCGCGCUCCUGGGCCCCGCCCUCUUCCACACCGUCGGGCACAUCUCCGCCUGCGUCUCCUUCUCCCGCGUCGCCGUCUCCUUCACCCACGUCAUCAAGGCGUCCGAGCCAGUCUUCUCCGUCGUCCUCUCCGCCGCCCUCCUCCGCCAGUUCUACCCCCUCCCCGUCUGGCUCUCCGUCCUCCCCAUCGUCGCCGGCUGCUGCAUCGCCGCCGCCACCGAGGUCUCCUUCGACGCCGCCGGCCUCUCCGGCGCCCUCCUCAGCAACGUCGGCUUCGUCCUCCGCAACAUCUACUCCAAGCAGAGCCUCAGGGAGUUCGCCGACGUCGUCGACGGCCUCAACCUCUACGGCUGCAUCUCCGUCGUCUCCCUCCUCUACCUCGUCCCCGCCGCCCUGCUCGUCGAGGGCCCCGCCGCCUGGGCCGCCGGCCUCCGCAGCGCCGCGGCGUCAGCGCCGUCGCCCGGGGCCUUCUACGCCUGGCUGGCGCUGUCGGGGGUCUUCUACCACCUCUACAACCAGUCGUCCUACCAGGCGCUCGACGACAUCACCCCGCUCACCUUCUCCGUCGGCAACACCAUGAAGCGCGUCGUCGUCAUCGCCGCCUCCCUUCUCGUCUUCAGGAAUCCCGUCAGGCCGCUCAACGCCCUCGGCUCCGCCGUUGCCAUCUUCGGGACCUUCUUGUACUCCCAGGCCACGGCUUCCAAAGCCGGCGAGAACAACAAUAAGAAGAAAUAAAGGCGGAGAGAAAGAGGCUGAGGAGAAGGAGAGCUGAUAGACGCACUGAUAUAUAUUCAAAUAGAGAGGAUCCUCAGUCGGCCUGCUAUAUAUGCUGAUUCUAUCAACUCUCUUCUUCUUUUUUUUCUUUUUCUUUUUCCCCCCUCUCAGGGCGUUGAGUUGCUUUUCCUCUUCAGUUCCGCUCUUACUGUUACAAUUUUAUCUUCUUCUGUCAUUCAAUUUUUUUAU